AUGGAUGCAGACAAUUGUAGUAAUGCACUCAUUUUGUAUGAGGCUGCUAUAAGUGAAAUCGAACGACGUUUGAAUGAGUUAGACGCUUUACCAGGUAUUACGAGCGGCGACUCUAAUGAGAAAGCAAUUAUCAAGCGGUGUUUAUCCAAGGAAACAUUGCAAGCCUUGUAUCAGAGAUAUGAUACUUGUGAACUCAGUGUAGAUCAAUUGAGAAAGGGCAUUGAGAAAUUAAUUGAGCGUUUAGGUAGAAGUACUAAACGUAUCAAAUUAAAUGCUGUUGUUUGUAAUCAUGUUAACACUUCCAUACACACACCUGGUCUACACAACGUGUAUCUGCGAUUGCAAGAACGAGGUGUUAAACUGGCAGAUAAGAAUAUUGAAUCAGAUACCCUCAGUGAUAUAGGCUUGAUUAUUGGUGCUGAUUAUUAUAAUGCAUUUGUGUAUUGUCACGAUAAAUAUGAUGAUGUAUGUUUGCUUGGUAGCACCGCCGGUGCUGUUAUUUUUGGUCCUAUACCCAAUUGGGCUUGUAAUGUUAUCAGUGAUGAUGAAAAUGUAAGAUCUGUAAUAAGUACACAGAGUAUAGUUUGCUCGAGAGUCACUGCUUCUGUAAAUCCUCUUGAAGAUGAGGAUAUUUCUAGACUGUGGUCCUUAGAUACGAUCGGCAUCGGGAAGGAUGCGCGAUCCUAUAACGACCAAGCAGCGAUCGAACAUUUCAAUGAGACUAUUGUAAAGUUAGAAGAUAACUCCUUUGAUCCAGUUGAUGGCAUUAAUCAUUAUUUACCUCACCACCCAGUUUUCAAGGAAUCUGCUACGACUCCAAUUAGGAUAGUUUUCAAUGCAAGUAGUAAGGAGUCACACCAUGCAAAGUCCCUCAAUGAUUGUUUACAUGCGGGACCUAAUCUGGCGACGAAAUUGACAGAUAUGCUGCUGGAAUUUCGUCAGAACAAAUAUGCUGUAGUAGCAGACAUAAGUAAAGCUUUCCUUAGAAUAGGAAUUAAUGAAAAUCACAGAGAUUUCACAAGAUUCUUAUGGUUUGCUGAUAGAGAUUUUAAGCAUGUCAAGACUUUCAGAUUUAAGGUUUUAUUGUUUGGAGCUACUUGUUCACCUUUUCUGUUGAAUCAGACAUACAGUAUCAUUUGCAAAACUAUUCAGAUCCCAUCGCCAACUCAGUCAAGAAAGUCCUUUAUGAUGGAUAACUUUAUGAAAACUUAUGAGAAAUGUGAAGAUUUUAGAACUCGAGAGUAA